CUUAUCUGAUGCCAUUUAAUGUUAGAAUUGUAUGCAUUAAUAUUAGUGCAGCUGUUAUGUGCUGCCACCUAGUGACCCUCUUUGGGAUAGUUGUCCAUAUGUUAAUUAUACACAUCAUUCAAGGUUAAACCUCCCCCCUAAAGUUCACAGGAAGUGGAAGAGCAUCCAUCUUGAGCACACACAGACAACUCACAAGAAGAGGGACAGACCCUAGGAUCCUUCACCCUUACACAGGCCCUGGUUACAUAACCGUCUUUUUACAAAAUAAACUCUUCAUAAGGAUAAAGCAUUCAAGUUAUUCAACUCACAGAGCAGUCUGAGUAUUCUUUGCUGAGUCUUAUGUGGAGUGUGUUAAGCUGGCUGGUUAACCUAUAUUACGCAAGGCACAGUAUAGUGUGGAAACAGUACAGUAAAAAGACGGUUGCAGCAGACCUGUAUACAGAGGCGACUGCAUCCUAAACAUGAGUCUUAGAUCGGGGAAGAAGUAUAUACCUGAGGAUGGGCCCCCCAUGAGACAGCAUGGCAGGGAGAAAGCUAGCGCCCAGCAAGAUGAGUUACGGUCACAUGCAUCCAAAUCAUCUAGGUCUAGCAAGAUGUCUGCAGCGAGUUCCCUAGCACUCAAAGCACGAGCGAAGGCAGAGGCUACACGUGUACAGCUAGCCUUUGCAGAAAAAGAAGCUAAUGUGAAAAGAACAAUUGCAGAAAAACAGGCUAGCAUGAAAAGAGAAAACGCAGAAAGAGAAAGAGAAAUCGCAGAAAAACAGGCUAGCAUGAAUAGAGAAAUGGCAGAAGCAGAAGCAGAGCUGCAAAUUCUGCAGUGUCAGAGAGAAGCUGCCGCAGCAGCAGCUGAAGCUGCAGUCUACCUAGAAACAUAUUCAUCAGAAAGUGAGGGAACCCAUGAAGGCCCAGAAAUGCCGGAGAAACCUCUUUCCCCUACAGAACGUGCAAGUGAGUACGUUCAGCGGGUUUCAAGUAUGCCAACCACUGAACGGUCGAUUAAAACUGAGCCAGCAGAAUUAUACAGGCCUAAGCCGGCAGCAGUUACAAGUACGCCAAGGCAGCACUACAGCGCCAGUGACGUCAAACCAGCUAUAAAAUAUCCAGCAGAAUACCCAAGAGACAGAAUUCAGAGUUUCCCAUUGCCUCAGCCUAAAGAUUGUGCGCCUGAGCAACAAUGCAUACAAGAUAUCACUAAAUAUCUGCUACGCAAAGAAGCAGUUAACUCAAGCUUCAUCAAGUUUGAUGACUCCCCUGAAAAUUACUGGGCCUGGAAGUCUUCCUUCCAGAAUGCAAUCAAAGAUUUGAACCUUUCAGCCUCAGAGAUACUUGACCUGAUGAUAAAAUGGCUAGGUACAGAGUCAGCCGAACAUGCAAAAAGUAUGCGCAGAGUGCAUUUGUUCAACCCUUCAGCAGGACUUGAUAUGGCUUGGCAGAGACUACAGAAAAAAUAUGGCUCACCUGAAGUAAUUCAGCGAACAUUACAAAAAAGGUUGGAUGCCUUCCCCAAGCUGACCAACAAAGAUGCCAAAAAACUAGAACAAUUGGGAGAUCUUCUUCUGGAGAUAGAGUGUGCCAAAGAAGAGGGAUAUCUGAGAGGUUUAACAUACUUGGACAAUGCUAUUGGUCUUAAUCCCACGGUGGAGAAACUACCAUACCACAUGCAAUUAAAGUGGGCAUCUGUUGGAACCAAGUAUAAAGCUGAAACAGGAGAAGAUUUUCCCCCUUUCUUUGUGUUUUCCAGGUUUGUGCAGCAACAAGCACAGAUGAAGAAUGACCCCAGCUUUGCCUUUUACAGCAACCGCGAUCAAUCACCUAAACCUGAAAGGCCUUACAGAUACCACGGUAAGACCUCUGUGUCCACACACAAAACAUUUGUCCCUACAGAAACCUCACACUCUCAAACCAGCAGCAAGGAGGGCAGUAUAGAGAGCCCUGACAGACAAUGUCCAAUUCACCAAAAGCCCCAUCCUUUAAAAAGGUGUAAAGGAUUCAGAGGCAAACCUAUAGGUGAAAGAAUGUAUUUUCUCAGACAGAAUGGCAUCUGCUUCAAGUGCUGUGAAACCACCAAACACAUAGCCAGAGACUGUAAAAUAUCAGUGAAGUGCUCAGAAUGUGGCAGCGAGAAACAUAUUGCAGCUUUGCACCCUGACUUACCUGCGCCACCAGCAGAGACUGUACAAGCCGGGACAGAUCACGGCAGGGAGCUUAAUGACAGCUCACCUCCUCCAGUAAUGUCUAAGUGCACUGAAAUCUGUGGCACGGGCAAGAGCUUCCGAUCAUGCUCUAAAAUAUGUUUAGUGACUGUGUUCCCCUCUGGACAAAGAGAGCGAGCAGUGAGAAUGUACGCAGUUCUCGAUGAACAAAGCAACCGAUCUCUUGCAAAGUCAGACUUUUUCAACAUCUUCAACAUUAAAACUACUGUUGCUCCGUACACUUUAAAGACUUGUGCAGGCGUUACAGAGACUGCAGGCAGAAGAGCCACAAACUUCAUUGUUGAAUCCUUUGACGGAAAAACACAGCUCCCUUUACCAGCAUUAAUAGAAUGUGAUAUGUUACCAGAUGACAAGGAAGAAAUCCCUUCUCCAGAAGUAGCUUAUUACCAUCUCCACCUCCGUUCAAUUGCCAACCUCAUACCAGCUAUUGAUCCUGAGGCUUCCAUACUUUUGCUCUUAGGAAGAGACAUCUUACAAGCACACAAGGUGCAUGAGAAAAUCAAUGGUCCCUUUAAUGCCCCUUACGCACAAAGACUUGAAUUAGGAUGGGUAAUAGUAGGAGAAGUUUGCCUGGGAUCUACACACGAGACUAAUAGAGUCAGUACCUUAAGAACGUCUGUGUUGCCGAAUGGGCGUACCACCUUGUUGAACCCAUGUCAGAACAGGUUCACAGUCAAAGAAAGUUUUGAUAACCUAACGCAUUUCAGUGACUCUUCUGUGUGCGGCCAAGAAGACAUCAGCUUCAAUCCAGAGACUGAUAAGCUAGGAACUACAGUGUUUCAAAAAUCAAAGAAUGAUGACAAGCAAGCUCUAUCCAUAGAAGAUCAAGUGUUUCUUCAGAUCAUGGACAAAGACACCUAUCAAGACGACAGCCACAGCUGGGUUGCUCCAUUGCCUUUUCGUACACCCAGGUGUAAAUUGCCUUCCAACAGAGAGCAGGCCAUGGUACGUCUCACCUCACUUCGCAGAACUCUGCAUGGUAAGCCAGGAAUGAAAAGAGACUUCACAGAGUUCAUUAAAAAGAUGUUGGACAAUGACCACGCUGAGAUUGCAAGACCACUGGAACAAGGUAAAGAACACUGGUAUCUGCCGAUGUUUGGCGUUUACCAUCCACACAAACCUGAUCAAAUAAGAGUUGUAUUUGACUCCAGUGCUGAGUGUGAAGGCGUUUCUUUAAAUAAUGUACUGUUAAGUGGCCCCGACCUAAACAACACAUUGUUAGGGGUUCUCAUACGCUUUAGGAAAGAACCUAUUGCCUUUACAGCAGAUGUGCAACAGAUGUUUUACUGUUUCUUGGUGAGAGAAGACCACCGAGAUUAUUUACGUUUUCUGUGGUACAAGGACCAUGACAUAGACAAAGAAGUAGUUGAAUAUAGAAUGAGGGUCCAUGUCUUUGGCAACAGUCCCUCUCCUGCUGUUGCUAUAUACUUCAUGCGUAAAGCUGCUCUGACAAGUGCAGAACAAUUUGGACAAGAUGCCAAACACUUUGUGUUGAGACACUUCUAUGUAGAUGAUGGACUUGCAUCCGCCAGCACCCCGGAGAUAGCGAUUGACAUUCUGAACAAUGCAAAACAGAUGCUGGCAGAAUCUAAUCUGAGACUUCAUAAAAUUGCGUCAAAUAGCACACAGGUCAUGAACGCCUUUCCUGCUAAUGAUAGAGCUAAAGACCUCAAGGACCUUUGCCUGGGUACUGACACCCUGCCCCUUCAGAAAAGUUUGGGACUGAGCUGGGACCUAGAAAGAGACUCUUUCGUCUUUCAGGUAUCUUCCGAAGAAAAACCUUUCACUAAAAGAGGAGUCCUGUCUACAGUGAACAGCCUCUACGAUCCUCUUGGGUUUGUAGCACCUGUAACUAUAAAGGGUAAGGCACUAGUUCGUGAACUGUCAUCUAAAAAAUGUGAUUGGGAUGCAUUACUCCCACAAGAAAAACUACAUGAGUGGCUUCUAUGGAAGGAAUCCUUGCAAGCUUUGGAACACAUAGAGAUACCCUGGUGUUAUGUUUCUACUCCUCUGUCAGCAGUAAGUAGAAAAGAACUGUAUGUAUUUUCAGAUGCAUCCAACACAGCGAUAGGUGCUGUAGCCUACUUGAAAACAAUUGAUGUUUGCAAUAAGUGUUCGGUUGGAUUUGUUAUGGGAAAGUCUAAGUUAAGCCCCAAACCAGCACACACAAUUCCACGUCUGGAACUAUGUGCGGCUGUUCUAGCAGUAGAGUUGUACGAGCUCAUCAGAGAUGAAAUAGAUAAAGACUUAGAUGCUGUGCGAUUCUUUACAGAUAGCAAAACUGUACUAGGUUAUAUCUGCAACACCUCCAGAAGGUUUUUCUUGUAUGUUGCCAACCGAGUGAAUAGAAUCAGGCAAGUAACCCAUCCUGAUCAGUGGGCUUAUGUGCCAACGGAACAAAAUCCUGCAGACUAUGCUUCAAGGCCUACAAAAACUAUUCAUCUGCAGAAUUCUAUAUGGUUCUCAGGCCCUCCAUUUCUCUACCACACAGACAGAGAGGAGUUAGGCAAUUCAGAAAAUUACCCACUUAUAGAGCCUGAAGCUGAUCCUGAAAUUAAACCUACAGUUGCAAGCCUCAACACCAAAGCUUCUGACACCUUCCUCCAUCCACAUGUCUUUGAGAGGUUUUCUAACUGGAUGUCACUGUGUAAGACUAUUGCCAGACUUAUCCAUGUAGCUAAGAGUUUCCAGAAAGAGCCAAGCAAUACACACUGUAGAGGUUGGAAAUGUUUCCCAGAGAAAGUCAACUCAGAGGAGAUCUCGCAGUCUAAAGCUACAAUAAUCUCUUCUGUUCAGCACGAAUAUUUUAAAAAAGAGUAUACCUGUUUAAGUGAGCAUAAAGCACUUCCAAAACAAAGUAGGCUUAAGAAACUCAGUCCUUUUAUUGAUAGAAAUUGACUGAUGAGAGUGGGCGGCCGAUUGUCCUUUGCGGCACUGAGUGAACAAGAGAAGCAGCCUGUCAUUAUACCUCAUGAUCAUCACAUCGCCAAAUUGAUUGUGAAACAUUACCACAAUAAAGUGGCACACCAAGGGCGUCACAUAACAGAAGGCGCAAUCAGAGCUGAAGGUUUCUGGAUCCUUGGCGGCAAGCGUCUGAUAUCCGCAGUGAUCUACAAGUGUGUCAUCUGCCGUAAAUUGAGAGGGAGAUUAGAAAGUCAAAAGAUGGCAGACUUGCCCGAAGACAGAGUGACUCCUGAACCACCAUUCACCAGUGUAGGCAUUGAUAUUUUUGGUCCAUGGUCAGUGGUGACCCGCCGCACAAGAGGAGGUAGUGCUGACAACAAACGCUGGGCGGUUCUCUUUACAUGUCUGUCAACAAGAGCUGUACACACUGAACUGAUCGAAACUAUGUCAGCUUCCAGCUUCAUCAAUUCUUUAAGAAGAUUCUUCUCAAUUCGUGGUCCAGCAAAGUUGCUCCGCUCUGAUAGAGGAACAAACUUUGUAGGAGCUUGUAAAGAAUUAGACAUUUGCAUAGCUGACUCAGGAGUACAAGACUAUCUUCAGAACAGAGGAUGCACAUGGAUUUUCAACCCUCCACAUUCAUCUCACAUGGGAGGUGCCUGGGAGAGAUUGAUAGGUGUAGCCAGGCGUAUUUUGGAUGCAAUGUUACUCCAAGAUAAGUAUACAUGUCUAACCCAUGAGACUUUGAGUACCUUUAUGGCAGAAGUUAUGGCCAUUAUGAACGCUAGACCUCUAGUACCAGUCUCUUCUGACCCCGACAACCCCAUGGUUCUUACUCCUGCAAUGCUCCUGACUCAGAAAGUGAACUCUUUGUCAGCCCCUUUUGGUAAAUUUGAAACAACAGGACUUCAUGUAAAACAAUGGAAGCAAGUUCAAAAUCUGGCUGAUACUUUCUGGAAGAGAUGGAAAAGAGAGUACUUGUCCAACUUGCAAAGCCGCAGAAAGUGGACCCAAAAUCGCCCAAACAUCCAAGUGGGUGAUGUCGUGUUAGUGAAAGACA